AUAAUUCUGUCUGAAUGACAUUUUCCGUCCUUGUUGCACAUGUGUUGACUCUAAAUUAAAAUCUACGUUGAAUAUACGUUUAUUCAAAAAGAUAGGGAAAAAGUCAUUAGAUAACAUAAAACUGUUUUGUAGUGAGUUCCAAUGCAUAUUUACAAUAUGGAUUACGCCUUGGAGAAUGCACAGCAAUUUUGGCGACAACAAUCAUUUAUUGAUGCAACAAAAAAUCGUGAAAGAAGGUAUCAACAGGGGAGAGGGGCAUGCAAUAUAUUCAUACUAGAUACAUCCUCUAAUGUGGGAGAAGAAGGGUUCUAUCAAAUGAAAGAGACAUUUUGCACUAUCAUGGAUGAAUAUGCGAAAUAUCCAAGCAUGGGUGAAAAUGUAGCUGUGGUGAUUUGCGGUAGAACAACAACAUUUAAACAUCACUACUCCAAUAAAUACCAUAGAUUGAAGCAUUGCAUCGAUGAUGUUGAAUAUGGUGGACCAUGUCCUCUUACUGCAGCUUUUAUCUUAUCAGAGGGGGCAAUUUGUAACGGUGCAGGUUAUUCCAAAAUGAUGGGAAAUUUUUAUAUACAUCCACGUCUUAUUGUUAUUUCUGCUGGCAGACCUACGGAUUUUACAUCGAUGAAUGAUACAGACGACAGGCUUAUACGAAGACCCGCUCAGGUUAAAGAUCAUUUGCAUCAGGCGGCUAGAAAUAUUGGACGGUUUCAUCCAAUUUAUUGUAUUCCAGUUGGGCAUAAUCCAGACAUGGCAAAUUUAGAGUUUAUGUCUGCUCAUUCCAGAGGGGGAAAGGUUGUUCUUUCACAUCAGGCAAAGCAGUUUGCAAAACUCACGGAAAAUAUGCAUGUUGCCGCGUCGAUUACAUUUUCAGCAACUUCAGAUAAAUUAGAUAGGAGGACAAUUGCAGACCUGAUGUCUCAAGUUAUGCCUGGAAAGGAAUUCACCGAAAUGGAUAAGGACGAUAUUUUCGAUAUCUGUGCAUUGAAAUCAGUCUUUAUAUCAAUGGAUGAAAUCCAAGAAGAGAAUGACAAACAUGAGGUGGAAAUGCAUUCCCCAAGACUGGAUCCGAAUAUGCCUCCAUUAGGAAGCCGGGUGAAGAGAGGUCCAGACUGGAUAUGGAAAAACCAGGAUCAACACGGCCCUGGUACAGUAGUUACGCAUUCAAAUGAUGUUGGAUGGUUAGUUGUGCACUGGGAUGCAGGCACUGCAGAAGGAUACAGAUAUGGAACAAAUAAUGUUCUGAAAGAUAAAUAUGAUGUUGUUGUUUGCACAGAACCACGGAUACUAGAUAAUGAGCUUAUUGCUGUCGGAUGUUUGGUACAAAGAG